UGCUGAACCAAGAUGGCCGGCGGCGGAGGCCGGGCCCCGGCGUGAGCUGAGCGCCGGCUGCAGUCCCGGCCAUGCCCUAGCCCAGUGGUCGCUAAGCUCUACCUGACAGAGCCGGCCCGCCGGCGACCCCGGAGACAUGUCUCUACUUUGCGUUGGAGUCAAAAAAGCCAAGUUUGAUGGUGCCCAAGAGAAAUUCAACACGUACGUGACCUUGAAGGUUCAAAAUGUCAAGAGCACGACCAUCGCUGUGCGGGGCAGCCAGCCCAGCUGGGAGCAGGAUUUCAUGUUCGAGAUUAACCGCCUGGAUUUGGGGCUGACAGUGGAGGUGUGGAACAAGGGUCUCAUCUGGGACACAAUGGUGGGCACUGUGUGGAUUCCCCUGCGGACCAUCCGCCAGUCCAACGAAGAGGGCCCUGGAGAGUGGCUGACACUGGACUCUCAGGUCAUCAUGGCAGACAGUGAAAUCUGCGGCACCAAGGACCCCACCUUCCACCGCAUCCUCCUUGACACCCGCUUCGAGUUGCCUUUAGACAUUCCCGAGGAGGAGGCGCGCUAUUGGGCCAAGAAGCUGGAGCAGCUGAAUGCCAUGCGGGACCAGGAUGAGUAUUCAUUCCAAGAUGAACAAGACAAGCCUCUCCCUGUCCCCAGCAACCAGUGUUGCAACUGGAAUUAUUUUGGCUGGGGUGAGCAGCAGAAUGAUGACCCUGACAGUGCAGUGGACGAUCGUGACAGUGACUAUCGCAGCGAGACAAGCAACAGCAUCCCACCACCUUAUUACACUACAUCCCAGCCCAAUGCCUCAGUCCACCAGUAUUCUGUCCGUCCACCACCCCUGGGUUCCCGGGAAUCCUACAGUGACUCCAUGCACAGUUAUGAGGAGUUCUCUGAGCCACGGGCCCUCAGCCCCACCGGCAGUAGCCGCUAUGCCUCCUCGGGGGAACUGAGCCAGGGCAGCUCACAGCUGAGCGAGGACUUCGACCCAGACGAGCAGAGUCUGCAGGGCUCCGAGCUGGAGGACGAGCGGGACCGGGACUCCUACCACUCCUGCCACAGCUCGGUCAGCUACCACAAGGACUCGCCGCGCUGGGACCAGGAUGAGGAGGAGCUGGAUGAAGAACUGGACGAGGAGCUGGAUGAGGACCUGGAGGACUUCCUGGAGGAGGAGGAGGAGGAGGAGCUGCCUGAGGAUGAGGAGGAGCUGGAGGAGGAGGAGGAGGAGGAGGAGGUGCCUGAUGACAUCGGUAGCUACACCCAGCGUGAAGAGGUGGCCGUGGCUGAGCCCAAAGACUUUAAGCGUGUCAGCCUCCCACCGGCCGCAUCUGAGAAGGAGGAAAAGGCUCCGGCUGUACCUGCUGAGGCCCACGACGUGGCCAAGGCAGCCCUUGAGCCGGCUUCGCCAGAGGAGGUGCCCACCGCUGAGCCGGCACCUGAGCCGGAACCCCCCAAGUCUGAGGAGAGUUUCAGGCGACGAGAGGAUGAGGAAGGCCAGGAGGGUCAGGACUCCAUGUCCCGGGCCAAGGCCAACUGGCUUCGAGCCUUCAACAAAGUGCGGCUGCAGCUUCAGGAGGCCCGAGGAGAAGGAGAGAUGUCUAAAUCCCUGUGGUUCAAGGGCGGCCCUGGAGGUGGCCUCAUCAUCAUUGACAGCAUGCCAGACAUCCGCAAGAGGAAGCCCAUUCCACUCGUGAGCGACCUGGCCAUGUCCCUGGUCCAGUCCAGAAAAGCAGGCAUCACCUCGGCCUUGGCCUCCAGCACUUUGAACAACGAGGAGUUGAAAAACCACGUUUACAAGAAGACCCUACAAGCCUUAAUCUAUCCCAUCUCCUGCACGACGCCGCACAACUUCGAGGUGUGGACGGCCACCACGCCCACCUACUGCUACGAGUGCGAGGGGCUGCUGUGGGGCAUCGCGCGGCAAGGCAUGCGCUGCACCGAGUGCGGUGUCAAGUGCCACGAGAAGUGCCAGGACCUGCUCAACGCAGAUUGCCUGCAGCGCGCUGCAGAGAAAAGCUCCAAGCACGGGGCGGAGGACCGGACGCAGAACAUCAUCAUGGUGCUCAAGGACCGCAUGAAGAUCCGGGAGCGCAACAAACCUGAGAUCUUCGAGCUCAUCCAGGAGAUCUUCGCCGUGACCAAGACCGCGCAUACGCAGCAGAUGAAGGCGGUCAAGCAGAGCGUGCUGGACGGCACAUCCAAGUGGUCGGCCAAGAUCAGCAUCACUGUGGUCUGUGCCCAGGGCUUGCAGGCGAAGGACAAGACAGGAUCCAGUGACCCCUAUGUCACUGUCCAGGUUGGGAAGACCAAGAAACGGACAAAAACCAUCUAUGGGAACCUGAACCCUGUGUGGGAGGAGAACUUCCACUUUGAAUGUCACAACUCCUCAGACCGAAUCAAGGUGCGUGUCUGGGAUGAGGAUGAUGACAUCAAAUCCCGUGUGAAGCAGCGGUUUAAGAGGGAAUCUGAUGACUUCCUGGGACAGACGAUCAUCGAGGUGCGGACACUCAGCGGCGAGAUGGACGUGUGGUACAACCUGGACAAGCGGACUGACAAAUCCGCUGUAUCAGGUGCCAUCCGGCUACACAUCAGUGUGGAGAUCAAAGGCGAGGAAAAGGUGGCGCCCUACCAUGUCCAGUACACGUGUCUGCAUGAGAACCUGUUCCACUUCGUGACAGAUGUGCAGAACAAUGGGGUUGUGAAGAUCCCAGAUGCCAAGGGUGAUGACGCCUGGAAGGUUUACUAUGAUGAGACAGCCCAGGAAAUUGUGGAUGAAUUUGCCAUGCGAUAUGGCGUAGAGUCCAUCUACCAAGCCAUGACCCACUUUGCCUGCCUCUCCUCCAAGUACAUGUGUCCUGGGGUGCCCGCCGUCAUGAGCACCCUGCUCGCCAACAUCAAUGCCUACUAUGCGCACACCACCGCCUCCACCAACGUGUCCGCAUCUGACCGCUUUGCUGCCUCCAACUUUGGGAAAGAGCGCUUUGUCAAGCUCCUGGACCAGCUGCACAACUCCUUGCGGAUCGACCUCUCCAUGUAUCGGAACAACUUCCCAGCCAGCAGCCCAGAGAGACUCCAGGACCUCAAAUCCACUGUGGACCUUCUCACCAGCAUCACCUUCUUUCGGAUGAAGGUACAAGAACUCCAGAGCCCACCCCGAGCCAGCCAGGUGGUGAAAGACUGUGUGAAAGCCUGCCUCAACUCUACUUAUGAGUACAUCUUCAACAACUGUCAUGAACUCUAUAGUCGGGAGUACCAGACAGACCCGGCCAAGAAGGGAGAAGUUCCCCCAGAAGAACAGGGACCCAGCAUCAAGAACCUUGACUUCUGGUCCAAGCUGAUUACUCUCAUAGUGUCCAUCAUUGAGGAAGACAAAAAUUCCUACACUCCCUGCCUCAACCAGUUUCCCCAGGAGCUGAAUGUGGGCAAAAUCAGUGCCGAAGUGAUGUGGAACCUGUUUGCCCAGGACAUGAAGUAUGCCAUGGAGGAGCAUGACAAGCAUCGCCUGUGCAAGAGCGCUGACUACAUGAACCUACACUUCAAGGUCAAGUGGCUGUACAAUGAGUAUGUGGCAGAGCUUCCUGCCUUCAAGGACCGCGUGCCUGAAUACCCUGCGUGGUUUGAGCCCUUUGUCAUCCAAUGGUUGGACGAGAAUGAGGAAGUGUCCCGGGAUUUCCUGCACGGGGCCCUGGAACGAGACAAGAAGGAUGGGUUCCAGCAGACCUCAGAGCAUGCCCUAUUCUCCUGCUCCGUGGUGGACGUCUUCUCCCAGCUCAACCAGAGCUUUGAAAUCAUCAAGAAACUCGAGUGCCCUGACCCCCAGAUCGUGGGGCACUAUAUGAGGCGAUUUGCCAAGACCAUCAGUAAUGUGCUCCUCCAGUAUGCAGACAUCAUCUCAAAGGACUUCGCCUCCUACUGCUCCAAGGAGAAGGAGAAAGUGCCCUGCAUCCUCAUGAACAACACUCAGCAGCUCCGAGUGCAGCUAGAGAAGAUGUUCGAAGCCAUGGGAGGGAAGGAGCUGGAUGCUGAGGCCAGUGACAUCUUGAAGGAGCUCCAGGUGAAACUCAACAAUGUCUUGGACGAGCUCAGCCGGGUGUUUGCUACCAGCUUCCAGCCACACAUCGAGGAGUGCGUCAAGCAGAUGGGCGACAUCCUCAGCCAGGUGAAGGGAACUGGCAAUGUGCCAGCCAGUGCCUGCAGCAGCGUGGCCCAGGAUGCUGACAAUGUGCUGCAACCCAUCAUGGACCUGCUGGACAGCAACCUGACUCUCUUUGCCAAAAUCUGUGAGAAGACGGUGCUGAAGAGGGUGCUAAAGGAGUUAUGGAAGCUGGUCAUGAACACCAUGGAGAAGACCAUCGUCCUGCCACCCCUCACUGACCAGACGAUGAUCGGCACCCUCUUGAGAAAACAUGGCAAGGGAUUAGAAAAGGGCAGGGUGAAAUUGCCAAGCCACUCAGAUGGAACCCAGAUGAUCUUCAAUGCAGCCAAAGAGCUGGGUCAGCUGUCUAAACUCAAGGACCACAUGGUACGAGAAGAAGCCAAGAGUUUGACCCCAAAGCAGUGUGCAGUAGUCGAACUGGCCCUGGACACCAUCAAGCAAUACUUCCACGCAGGUGGCGUGGGCCUCAAGAAGACCUUCCUGGAGAAGAGCCCAGACCUGCAGUCCCUGCGCUAUGCCCUGUCCCUCUACACGCAGGCCACGGACCUGCUCAUCAAGACCUUCGUGCAGACGCAAGCGGCCCAGGUCCAUGGUGGAAAAGGGACUAGGUUUACCCUUAGUGAAGACAUUUAUCCUGAGAAGGGCUCGGGUGUGGAAGACCCUGUGGGUGAAGUUUCAGUCCACGUUGAGCUCUUCACUCAUCCAGGAACUGGGGAACACAAGGUCACUGUGAAAGUCGUGGCUGCCAAUGACCUCAAGUGGCAGACUUCUGGCAUUUUCCGGCCAUUCAUCGAGGUCAACAUCAUUGGGCCCCAGCUCAGUGACAAGAAACGGAAGUUUGCAACCAAAUCCAAGAACAACAGCUGGGCCCCCAAGUACAACGAGAGCUUCCAGUUCACGCUGAGCGCCGACGCGGGCCCGGAGUGCUACGAGCUGCAGGUGUGUGUCAAGGACUACUGCUUCGCGCGCGAGGACCGCACGGUGGGGCUGGCCGUACUGCAGCUGCGGGAGCUGGCCCAGCGCGGGAGCGCUGCCUGCUGGCUGCCACUGGGCCGCCGCAUCCAUAUGGACGACACGGGCCUCACGGUGCUGCGCAUCCUGUCACAGCGCAGCAAUGACGAGGUGGCCAAGGAGUUCGUCAAGCUCAAGUCGGACACGCGCUCCGCGGAGGAGGGCGGUGCCGCGCCUGCGCCCUAGCGCGGGGUACGCGGGCGGGCAGCACUGCGCCUGCGCACGGGGCGGGGCGACGUCUGCGCGCUGGGACUUCCCAGAGGGCGAGUAUCCGGGCUCUGUGCAGAGGGCUGGCUGCGCCUGCGCCCUUGACUUAGCUCGCCCCUCUAGGGAAUUGUGAACGGACGACGCCCCGCCCCCUCAAGAGGCCACGCCCUAGGGCUCAAUGAAGGAAGAAGCCACAUCCCUUACUAGAAGCCAAGUCCCCUGCGCCUAGGAGACAUUUCGAGCUGGGUUGGGAGGAAGUCCCGCCCCCUAUGGAGGAGGCCAGAUCCUGGGGCUCUGGUACGGGGAGGCCCUGCCUCCUGUCCCCUGGAAAAGCCAUAAGAUGGGUCCCCAAGCCCUGGGGCCCAAGACCAAUUGCCAAGUAUGGAACUCUCAGCUUCCUCGAGGGGCGGGCCCUGGGCAAGGGGCAGGGCUUCCUGGAGGGCCCCCUGGGGUGGCCUAGGGGUUGGAGGCACUAGGAUGCUUGUUGGAGGGCCCAGAUUGGACCAGAGUGUCUUCUCGUGUUAGUGCAAAAAAUAAACGGGGAGGGAGGGGAGGAUGGGAUUUCAAAAGCACAUGCGCUCUCGGGCGCCCAAACCCUGGGGGCCAAGUGGACGGCUCUGAAGCACCCGCGCUGCCCCCACUUCCCUAUGGGGGUUUGCCUCUCCUUUUCCCCCAACAUACCCCAUCCUCAUAUAGAGUUCAACCCACCCAUUUAACAGAUGGCAAGACUGAGACCCAGAGAGUUGCUUGAGACUUUGCUGAAGGUCCCAGUGCCACACCCUCUCCCCACUCCCUUUGGCCUGUGUGCCCCAUCUAAGGGUGGGCUGAGAUCGGAUGACCCGACACAGCUCCCCAUUGCUGCUAACCCCUUCUCAGGGGAACUCCCCCAACCCUUACAAGGGAUGGGGGUUCUGGGCCAAGGCCCCCACUGCCCCUCUCCCAUGUCUGGCUGCCAAGCAAAACCCCUGCCCUCUGCCCUUUGCACUGGGAACCUCUGGGGAGAUUCCCUGAGAACUCUAGAUCUCCCACCAAGAAAAGAGUGAGGAUUUGUGAUUCUCUGGACCCAGGCACACCCUGAACCCCUUCUUCCUCUUCCAGGACUCUCCAGGCAGGCAAGAAAGAGACCAGAAACUCUAGGUGUGUGUAUAUGGGUGUGUGUGUAAAUAUACAAACAUGUUUGGAGCUUAGUCUCCAAAAUCUCAUUCAUUCAUUCAAACACCAGAGGUGGGGCCUCUACCUGCCUGAAGCUCUUCCUCCAGGAGGUGAUAGUGGGGCAAUCUGCCAGAGUCAAGUUUCCCCAUUGUAGUUCAUGCAGGCAGAACGUUUUGGGAAAGUUUGUCCUGGCUUGUCUUUGCCCAGAAUCUGCUUGUCCGUGUUGGAUGGGUGCUUUUGUGCCAUUUUUUUUUCCUUGCCGGACUGACAAGUACAGGAUUCUCUUGUAUUAGAAAGAAAUUAAAACAGGGGCCAGGUGAGGAACAGCUGGGCUCCUGGAGUGGUGGGGGCUGUGUCAGACAGCACAGUGAGGGAGGGCUUUCUGAGGAGGUGAAAAAGAAGGAACCACCCGUUAGAGAGAAAAAGCUCCAGGUGGAGGGAUCAGUAGGUGCAAAGGCUGAGGUAGGCAGGCUUGAAGCGUAGCGAGGUCAAAGUGGCUGACGGGGACAACAGGGAGGAGUUGUUGAUGUUGGGGAGACCUGCAGAGAUGUCAGAUCAGGCAGGGCCUUGUAUGCUGCCCUGGGGAGUUUUUAUUUUACGCUAAGAGACUUGGGGAAACCCCAGGAGAUUUUAAAGCUGAGGAGAGUCUGAAGGUCAGAUUUCAAAAUCUCCCUCUGGCCACCUCAUGGAGAAAGGACCAGUGCAGUUUGGGGGAGAGACAAAGUGCUUUUGGGACACUGAAAUUAAUUCCUGGAAAGAUUUUGGAGCAGUACGUUAAAAAGAAAAACCUGCCCCUUAGAUGAUCCCUGGGCCACACUGGGUAGAGUUGUCCCCAUUGUGCACUGCCCAAAGGUUUGGCAUUUCUAGGGAGGCCAUGUGCAAAUCCUAGGCAUUGAGAGUUGUAUGUUUAUAUUGACGGUUUCCUGGCAGGUGAACAAGUCUGGAAGAAAUGGCACUAUUUUCUCAGUUACCUGCAGGUACUCUAUGUCCCUUGAAUUUAGACAGGUUCAGGUGCCUGAAGGUUCUGAACCAGAGACUAAGAUGCAAGUUCUGCUACAGGAUGGUGGGGGAGGGGGCAGGGCCCAGGGGCAGGCUGGGAGGUGGCAAAGAGGGAGCCUAGAAUCUCUAUCACAUGGACCGAGAGGGAGAUUUUAAAUUAGACCAUCCAAGGAGUAGGUGGGAGUGAGGUGGAUAGAUGAUUUGGGUUGAGAACACCAGCAACACCCAAAGGGAGGUAAUAUGACCGGGGGUGAGCCCUGAAAGAUUUAUGGAUGACCAGCAGGGAAAGGGGGAGCUGAGCUUCUGCCUGAGAGAGCCAACUUAUUUUCCAAAAGAGUCCUUGGGAGUCUCUGGUCAAGGCCUGCCAGUGUGUGUGAGUGAGUGUGUGUGUGUGUGUGUGUGUGUGUGUGUGUGUGUGUGUGUGUGUGUGUAUAAAGUUCCCCAGCGCCGGUCCAGGCACAUGGAGGGAGCUUCAGGGAGUAUUUGUUGAAUGACUUUUUCUGACUCCCAGGCUAGAACUGUUUUGGAAAUUUACUCCAUCUUCUUUCCCCCAGAGAACUCCUAUUUAUCCCUCAAAACCUAUCACAAAUAUCCUCUCCUGUAGAAAACUCUCCCUACUCCUCCUCAGGACUUCCCCAGCUUCUGUCCCUCCCUUCUGUCCCUGAUGCCAGGGGGCUGGGGGGGUGUGUGUCUGUGACAGGCUCUGUUUCCCCCAGACUGGGGUCUGAGGCCUCUUGAUAGCCCCAAGUUCACCGAGCACAGACGGGGCACAGGGGGAUGACAGGGAGGGUAUGCCUAGUAGAAUUAUGUCUUGGGGUGCGGGGUCCACAUGCCUGUCUAUCCAUGUCUGUCCAUACCAACCUUCCCCUCCCACAUAGACCUGGGCACACAGAAGGUGUUCCAGCCAGACUGUGGCUGAGUCACAGGACACAGAGUGGAGAGAGGACAAGAGCAGACAAGGAGGAGACAGGAAAGGAGUCUCAGGGCCUGGAAGCCUUUGGAACUAGGAAGUUCCUGUAUUGGAACAAGGCUCAGAGAGGAGCAGCGUUUUCCCCAAGGCCACUCACCACCUCACCUGGGGUGCCCGAAGUUCUGAGCCCUGGUGGGGUCUCCGGGUUGUAUUUGGACCUCAUUUCAUGCCAGGAACUGGCCCUAGAUUUCCACGGUUCAGGGAAAGGAUAAAGUAGGGUUGGCCCAUGGGGGUGGGGGAGUGUGACAUUGAGGGGCAUCUUGGACAGAGCCGAUCCCUUCUCCUUGCACCCCCACCUCUCAAGAGGGACAGUGUCCCAGAGUAAGGAGACAAAGACAGAAGAAGAGGGAAGGAUGGAGAGAGAGAGAGAAAGGGAGAAAUUGGGAGGGUGAGAUCAUGCCCAGAGAGACUUUGAGGGUCUCUGGGGGGGGGGGCGGGAAUACAGAGCGAUCUUGAGAUGAAGAGAGACUCAGAGGUGGGGAGAAAAGUUGGGGAUCUAGAAGGAAGAGGAAUCCACUGUUCUCUCUGGCUCUCACCAGUCCAUCCUGGAAGGAUUUAUGUAGAACGAGCAGGUGCCUGGCCUCGACCCGCAAUCCCUCUUGGGCUCCAGAGCCUGAAACCUCACCGUGCCCCCAUCAGAGAUGCAAAAAACUUAACACCCAACUAGAAAUCUUUGGGACCUCAGAGACCUUUCUGUCCCCCACACCCUGCGCUGUUCAUUUUGCAGAUGGGGACACCGAGGGGUGGGACAGUGCAGGGCCAGCCCAGAGUCGCCCCUAAGCUCUGCUGCCCCAGUGGAGCAGGAGGGGAACUCGCUGGGGGUUUGGUUCGGGUCAUGACACCGUCUGCCCCCUGAACAUCUUUUCCUAAGAAUUGUCAAGGACCAAAGUUGUCUUCGCUGACACGUAUUGCUUUUCUAUUUGCCUUUUAUUUUUUUUUAAAGAGAGAAAUCAAGUUGACGGUGUUGAGUAAGACCUCCCCCAUUCCCCGAGCCCCGCCUAACCACAGUGGCUCUCUUGAGGCACAGGUCACAGGCGGAGGGUCCCCGCUGCCAACCCCCUGUGCAUCCCAGGCCAAACAGCCAGGGGGACUCACAUUUCACCCCUGGCCCCGGCCCCCUGAGACCCCCAAACCCGGCCACGCAGUUCAGGGAGGUUCUUCCUCCACACACCUUCUCUUAGCAUGUGAUUGCAAAUGUGAAAUCAAAAUGCUCUUCGUUUGUUUGUUUUAAUUCCAUCCCGUUGGUCUGGCAUCUGCACAGAUGCCCCCAUUUCUCUGUAAAUAUGUGACUUGGAACAAAUGUUUAAAACCAACGAGAAGUGGUCAUGAAUGCAUGGUGUUGAGAUGUUUUGCACUAUUCCGACUUUUUGGUCUCUGUAAAAAUAUUUUAUUAACAGCAGACAUUAAAAAAAGAAAAAGCA